UGUACGCUAUAGGUACCAGUAACGCGUGAAGUUACCUACGCUCUUGUAUUAUUAAAUUCUGUAUCCAUGUGUCCACGGAUUCGUCAUCACUUGAAUGUGUAGUUGUAGUACACCGAAGACCGUGAGUGAGACACCUAUAUCAUCAUUUAUACUCCUUAACGUACGGUACUGUUGAAUAAAACAGUGGAUUUUUUUAACAAUGACAUGGUGAUACAUUAUUGAAAAAGUUCUUUUUACUAUUUUUAAAUUAACUUAAAUACGUUUCAUCAAUACAGGGACCAUGAAGUGUUUAAUAUUUAUUCUAUUAGUGUCAGCGCUUUACGUAUCAGCCGUUCGAAUACUGGGCUAUAUGCAAGGUCCAUCGCCGCCGCGCAUGAUAAAACAACCACCGACAGAUGAAUUACUAUUUCAAGUAGCGCAGCAAAAUGAAAAUGAAAAGCCAUUUGUUAUUGAGUGUGAAGCCGAAGGAGAUCCAGCACCAACCUAUCAAUGGAUAAAAAAUGGUAAAUUCUUUAACUAUGCGGCGUAUGAUGACCGUAUGUCAACCCAACCUGGUCGCGGUAGUCUUGUGAUUGCUAAACCGCGAGACGAAGAUGUGGGACAGUACCAAUGUUUUGCAGUAAAUGAGUGGGGAACAGCGACGUCCAACUCGGUAUUCGUACGGAAAGCAGAGUUGAAUGGGUUUCAAGAGACUGAAAUAAAAACAGUGACUGCUAAUGAGGGUGAUCCAUUUCAUCUGACUUGUUCUUCACCUGAUGGUUGGCCAAAGCCAAAUGUUUAUUGGCUACUUCAAGACUAUCAGGGUAAUAUUAAGUCUAUUAAUAAUUCCCGUAUGACCCUUGACCCGGAAGGAACUUUGUGGUUCAGUAACGUUACCCGAGAUGACGUAUCCGAAGACUUUUACUACAUGUGUAUGGCUAUGCUUCAAUUUCGUAGUGAAUUGAAGCUUGGCAACAAAAUUUUGUUAAAUGUUAUAUCAGCUGGAUCUUCAAACAGUCACAACAAGCAUGAACCAGUAAGACAGUAUGUGACUCGUAAAAAUGAAGUUGCUUAUCGUGGGAAGAAAGCUGAAUUGUUCUGUAUAUUUGGUGGUACACCUCUACCAGAAGUAAUUUGGAGUAAAGAUGGAGAACGCAUAAAAACCUCAGACCGUAUAACACAUGGUAAUUACGGGAAGUCAUUGAUAUUAAAACGUGUUGAUUUUAAAGAUGAGGGCGCGUAUACAUGUGAAGCCUCUAAUGGUGUUGGGCGUGCUACUUCAUAUUCAAUUAAUUUACAAGUUAAGUCAGCACCAUACUUUACUGUUGAACCGGAUAUUGUAAAUGCCGCUGAAGAUGAAACUGCUACUUUUCAUUGUGAAGCUCAUGGUGUACCUAAACCAGAUAUUAAAUGGAUUUUCAAUGGUAAACCUAUUGCAGAAGCACCUGACAAUCCAAGACGAGAAAUUAUGACUAACUCAAUCACCAUUAGAAAUUUAACAAAACAUGAUACUGGUAAUUACGGUUGUAACGCAACCAAUUCUAAUGGUUAUAUUUACAAAGAUGUUUAUGUCAAUGUACAGACUAUACCAGCUGAAAUAAACCUACCACCGAUGGAUAAAGAGACAGUUGACGGUAAAAAUAUUAUUAUGACAUGUAGAGUAACUGGCUCUCCAAAACCAGCAGUCAAGUGGAUACGCAAUAAUCAAGAAUUAACUGGUGGACGUUACAAGACUAUGGAAAGUGGGGAUUUAAAUAUUACUAAUGUUGGUUUUAUGGAUUCAGGUGCUUAUACUUGUCUUGCUACUAAUAAAUUUGGAAAAGACGAAAAGAGUGCUUCACUGGUUGUUAGAGAACGAACAAAAAUCACAGAUGAACCUGAGGAUUAUGAAGUUUAUGCGGGAUCUCCAGCAACUUUCAGAUGUAAUGCUAUCACGGAUUCGACUCUAGAGUUAGAAAUAGAAUGGCUGAGAAAUAAUAAAACAAUUGACUUCGAAGUUGAACCUCAUUUUGUACUCACAAGUGAUCAUUCUCUCACAAUAACUAAAACAACAGAAUUAGACUCUGGUAUUUAUACUUGUGUAGCCAAGACAGAAUUAGAUGAAGCUACCGCCUCAGCAACUCUCACUGUUCAAGACAAGCCAAAUGCUCCAGAAUUGAAAGAAAUACGGUGUCUUGAAAAAGAAGCCCGAGUAAAAUGGGCAUCUAUGGGUGAUAAUCGAGCACCUAUUUUACAUUAUAUAGUAGAAUACAAUACCAGUUUCACACCUGAUUCCUGGGAAGUCGUUCGCGAUGACAUCCCUGGUACUACUUUAACCUUUGAAGCACCGAUGACCCCAUGGGCUAACUUUACAUUCCGUGUUAUUGCUGUAAAUAAAGUUGGUAAAUCGGAGCCUUCGUUACACAGUCAACCUUGUACAACUUCAGCGGGUAGACCAUACAAAAAUCCACUCAAUGUUAUGGGUAAUGGAACAGAUCCACAUAAUAUGGUUAUCUCUUGGACAGCAAUGCCACAAAUCGAACAUCAUGCACCAAGAUUUUCGUACCGUGUUAGUUGGAGAGAAGAUAUACCUGGUAAGGAAUGGAACAAUGUAGAUAUUUCUGAUUGGCGAAAAAAUCGUUAUUUAAUUGAAAAUCUACCAACUUAUCAAAGGUAUCAGAUAAAAGUUGUUGCGAUUAAUGAGAUUGGAGAGGCUUUAGAAGAGCCUAAAAUAAUUAUUGGUUAUUCCGGUGAAGAUGUACCUACACAAGCACCGGGUAAUUUUACUUGUCAAGAAGUACGUUCGAGUACAACUGCUUUUCUUACAUGGACAGCAGUACCUCUAGAAACCGUUAGAGGUGAAUUACGAGGAUACAAACUCCAAACAUGGACAGAAAAAGAUGCCGAAGAAGGCAUGCGUGAAAUAACAAUUCCGGGUGCUAAUACUACACAAGCAAUUGUCGAUAAAUUUGUUCCUUAUACUAAAAAUUAUGUUAAAAUUUUAGCAUUUAAUGGCAAAUAUAAUGGCCCACCAUCUGAAGCUGUUAUUUUUGAUACACCUGAAGGUGUACCUGGUACUAUACUGAGCUUAGAAGCAUACCGGGUCGGCUCAAGCGCUCUUUUCCUGAUGUGGAAUCCACCAGUCGAGACAAAUGGAGUUUUAACGGGCUACAGAAUUUAUUAUCAAUAUGUAGAUGGUACUUCACUGGGACCUUUAUUAGAACGACAGCCUCACGUUACCAGGCCAGAGGUAACUUCUGCUAAACUAGCAAGUCUUAGGCCUGAAACGAAAUACCGUGUACACGUCCGCGCGACAACACGUGCUGGUGAAGGUGGUGAUCUUUACAUUGAUGCCAACACUGAGCGUUCCAAAAAACCUGACGUUCCACGAUUCCAAUAUCAAGUUAUUUCUAGAGAAAGUGGAUACGUUACUAUUAAAGUAAUUAGGGAACCUAAUAUUCCUGGCUACCCAGGAAGUCAUUUCUUCGCCAGAUAUAAGCUCAGGGGUGAGACUAUUUCACUUUCAACAGAUCCAGAAUUUUUGAGCCACGAACUUGAGAUUAGAGGACUUUUGAGUGGUGAAAUAUACGUUGUAUCUAUUGUUGCUGUUGACGGCGAUUAUUUGACUGAAAGUGAUCCUCAAGAAAUAGAAACUAGUAUUGAGGGUCCAAUUAUACAACCGAAAGAAAAUGUUGCUACUGCUGGAUGGUUUAUCGGCAUGAUGUUGGCCAUUGUCUUUCUUUUAAUGGUGCUGAUAAUUGUCUGCAUAAUAAAACGCAACCGCGGUGGUAAAUACGCGGUCCAUGAACGUGAAUUAGCUGCAGGGCGAGGUGAUUAUCCCGAAGAAGGCGGAUUCCACGAGUACUCACAACCUCUGGAUACUAAAUCAGCCGGAGGCCGUACUUCACUGGCAUCAUCAUCUCAUCACGACGGAAAGCAUCCGGAAUCUGAUACCGAUUCGAUGGCCGAAUACGGCGAAGGUGAUACCGAAGGUAUGAAUGAAGAUGGGUCCUUCAUUGGUCAAUACGGACGUCAAAGGAAGCAGGAGCCAAAUGCACAAGCAUUCGCGACGUUAGUUUAAGGACGUUUCACAGAAGACGGAUCGUUUAUUGGUCAGUAUGGACCAAAAGGAAGGCCUGAUGAAACACCGUCAAUUCCAACAGGUUCGAUGGCUACUUACGUCUAAUUGUCAUCGUGUCUUCUAUCGACAACUUGAUCUUCGUAUGUUAAACUUUUCACUAUUGUGUAUAGUAAUAAAUACAAAGUAAAAUCGUGGUCAUAUUAAAUAUGAGGCCGGUAUUUCUUGCCUGCCGAUGCAGCCGCUCUGUAAAACACUUUUGCGCCGUGCGCAACGUCCAUUCUUUACUGCCAAUUUAGAUUUUUUAUUUUUGGGUUUUAUACGUACUAAAUCAUCUCUAGAGACAUUGACUGAUCAUAAAAAUUCAUAUUCAAAUUUUUAUUGAAUUAGGUUAAUGGUAGCUAUUAAUUUAAAUGAACAACAAAUAAGUAUUCUAAUGUCGUUUGAUUUAGAUUU